AUGGCGGAGAUCAUCCCGGUGACAGAAUUCCCCGAUUACGCCGUCGACCCGACCGGCGGCGACCCCCUUACCCAUGAUCUCAACGCUCCAUACGACAAGGGCGAUCUUUGCUGGGUUCUGGUCUGCACAAUCUUCUGCUGGCAGAUCACGCCAGCCAUUGGAUUCCUUUUGGCACACUGGGAAUGGAAUCCCAGUGGCUGGCUCUACAACCUUGGCCUCUACGACUUCGCCGGCUCUGGCCCCGUGCACAUUGCCAGCGGCUUCGGAUCCCUUGCAUGGUCUAUGAUGCUUGGCCCAAGACUUAGUGACGACGCAGUGACGAAGAAGAAAUACGCGCCGCACUUCAAACCGCAUAACCCGUUGUUGAUGGUUCUUGGCACGGUUCUCAUCUGGUUCGGGUGGUUUGCGUUCAACGGCGCCAGCACGGCCAAUCUCAGUCUCCGAUCCAUCUACGUCGUUGUCAACACGAAUUUCGCUGCUUGCGGUGGUGGAAUCACCUGGGUGUUGCUCGACUACUUCUAUAUCAAGAAGUUCAGUCUUGUUGGAUUCUGUUCCGGCAUUAUUGCUGGCCUGGUUGGAAUUACACCGGCUGCAGGAUUCGCGAUUUGCUCGUACUACACCGUCAAAUACCAGUAUCUCUUCCGUGUUGACGACGGACUCGACAUUUUCGCAAUUCAUGGCGUCGGCGGUUACGUUGGCGACAUCCUCACCGGUCUUUUUGCCCACAAGAUGGUCCCCGCACUUGAUGGUGUGAGCAACACCUACGACGGCGGCUGGUGGAAUGGCAACUUUCGUCAACUGGGUCUUCAGCUGGCGGGUGGAACAACUUGCGCUGCGUGGUCUUUCUUCGUAUCCUGUAUCUUGCUGUUCGUCAUCAACAGGAUUCCCGGAUGCCAUCUCCGCGCCACCGAGGAAGACGAGAUUCGCGGUCUUGAUUAUGCAUAUAUUGAGGAUGCCAUCUCGGACUACGACCACGGCGAUCUGUUCAUUCAUAACGGACAGGUGGUUGACUCGCCUCCGAGAGAGACGAGCGUGUCAAAGAGCGCAUAG